AUGUUUGGAGGCGCGGGUCUCAAGUCUGGUGCGGGUCAGCGGAGCCCUGUGAACAACGGGUGGGCGAACGCUGAUGCACGCGUUUUGCUAGAAGAUCCUUUGUCCAUCGAUCACGAACUAAUGAAUGCUACUACGGCUCCGGAACUUGCGUAUCUCGAUGAUGAACUGACAAAUGGUCGCAACAAGAUGCAGUCGUUUGCAAACAUUAAGUAGACUUGUUUCCUCACAAAUUCACCUUUGGAAGCAUCUUUGGCUUGGCUCAAUGUAGUACAAAUUCAUAAUGUGCGAUGUAGUAAAAAUCGAUUUCAUAUGCUAGUAUGAAUCCACGGACUAGCGUCAAAGAUGCUGCUGAACUUCAGGAUGAAUAUGUUUUGGAAGGUCUAACAACAAGCGAUCCGGGCUUGGUCGUGGAAACUGGGCUACCCAAUUCCGUGACAUGAUCAUCACCAAGUUCCGUGAGAUGGGGAAGCAACGACAAGUGGCGAACACGUUCUGUGGGGCUGGGUUGCCGGGUGCUCGUACUUAAGCCUCAACUAUAUAUUUGUAUUUCUAUUUCAUUUCUUUUUCUACUCCAUAUAUUUGUAUUUGCUAGGCAAAUGAAUGAAUGAAUGAAUAUUUCCAUUUCAUUUCUCCGAGGAGUCAUUUCUCGCAGUUAAUAUUUCCUGUUCGGGAUUCGUCUGAAGAGAUGUCUUCAGGGAAGAAGUGAAAUGUCUUGAGCUCUAACGUACGGAUUUCGGGGACACCAAACCUCCAGUGCCUUACCGCUGUUUUUUGCUCAUGUUCCUCGCCCUGUGGGUCGUCAUGUGCUUUUACCUGGCACUCGACAACUACUACUUGUCCAAUGGAGAAGGGUCAGGAUCGUCAGGACGAUCUUCAUCUGCGGUUUCUGGUACAGCUACAUCUACCUCUACCUCUGCUGGUGCUGGAGACACAACUACAACCACGACUCGCAACCUAAAGGAACAAGAUGAAAGUGGUACAAUCAAUAUUAAGGCUCCUACCAAUGAACAAGCAUCCUCAGCGCCAUCCCUGGCCAUUUUUCAACUUGGAAAAGAAGGCAGGGAUUGCAGCAGGAGUGCGAUUACCGCGGUAGCUCUAAUGCAAGCGAAAAUAUGGCUGCGAAGAAAAUCCCGAAAGACAAAGGCGCGCCUUUGUUUGCGACUCCGCCAGCGAGGUUGGAGCGCGUUUCUGUUCCCAGUACUUGGACGCACGCGACCUACCUGCAAGAACUGCGCUCUCGCAUGUUAAGGCUACAAUGGACAUAAUAUUUCCUUAGUCUGCGGGACUGCGUAAUGGAUAUAAUCAGUAGUUCCUACUCGAAAUCUACUUCGAGAGAGUGUACUAGUACUUAGUUUAAAUGUUCAUAAACGACGACGAAAUAGAAGCACAAUUUCUGAAUCGUGGCAACAACUUACCUCUAAGCAAAGGUUCGUUAUGGGAGCGCGUUUCUGCCAAGGGGAACGACCCAGUGGCUCACGCGGCAAUGCUGGACUCUCUGUGGUUGAUGGAUUUGAAUGUUCUCUGGGACGAUGGCCGCGAGAUUCUGCGUAAAAUCGCCAAAAUAGGAGAGGGACAAUUAAGGCGGAUCAUAUAGCUCAUUUUUCAGAGAUUAAUUAAGAGAUUAAGCCGCAACAUGAUAGAGUUUACUUUUCACUACAACACAGUACCAAUCUAAUCAGGCGUGCCUUUCCACUACAGCGAACAGGGUAUCUUAUAAUUAGAAUUAUCUUUGAAGAUUUCUUGUUACUUAGAGGACAUUAUACCUCUAGAAUUUUUGAGGUAAAUCCAAGUCUAUACUUCCACACCUUAGAAGGGUGUUCUACAUCAGAGAGAAGAUUGCCAUUCAGAUUCAAUACAAGUUCUAAGACAAGCCGGAGCCUCUGUAAGUGCUAGUGGCGAGGACUCUGUCGUGACUAUGGCUGGUAAUGAUUACCGUGUGCCUGCAACCUGGGGAUCCGAACAGCGCACCUCGUUUAAGGCUCAUCUUCAACAUUGAAUAGUUUUUUUUUGGCCAUCCCAUUCUGAAUCCGACACCCCCUAUAAACUGUUCUUUUUUAGUAGUUGAGCUCGAGCUCUUCAUGCGCAUCUAUCUUCAGACGACGUUCUUCUGUUAUAGUUACUAGGGAAAGGAAUGAGUCACUCAUCAAUUAUAUUACCCCAUGAAUAGGUACGGCACUACUACUCCUACUACAACUACUACGGGAGCCAUCAUGAACGACGGCAACCGGGAUCGUUGGAACCCCUUCUAAUUCCCUCGCCGACAUUCCGGACACGCUGAGUGGUCUGGUUGCUGCCUACGGCCUCUCGGGUCACAAAUUCGCGUAUCAUCUGGCAAAGGACUUCGCAUCUAGAGCGGUGAAACUGUUUCAAACCAGUACAGGUUUUCCAGCUGUCGAGAUCACCAUGCAGGAUGGAAAACCGACGACGGAAACGCGUUCAGAAUCCUUCUCCAUCACGGAGAUUGGGGAACAUGGCCUUCCGUACUAGUGUUGUUUUGACGAGUUCCACCAGUUUUUCUUUGAGCGAUUAUUUCUCGCCAAGAACUUGAUCAAACAACCCAGACUACCACUACAGCCUCUUCCUAACCUAUCGAUAAAUCGUGGUCUGAUAGAGUAAGUAAAUAGUACAUUUGUCCAGCAGCACUUGAUCAGGGCCUCAUAAGUCUACAGAAGAGGUACCAUGACAUGAUAUGGGCAUUCAUUUAAGUUUAAGUAAGGGACCAUGACAUGGGACUGAUUAAGUGUCAUCCUCGGAGGCGAGCAGCGUGUGCCCGUGGGGCUCGCUGUGAAGGAUCCACAACCUAACCUAACCUAUUUCUCCAGGUUCCUCUCUGCUGGUUUACUCCUGCACGGCUCUGCCGCUCAAUCGUCGGAAGAAUGGGCACGCGUACUGUAUCCUUUGGCUGGAUUGACCGAUAUCCAUGAGGCAGAGCAUCACCUCUUGCCGAGUUUGUUCCACGUCCCGACGCCCGACUCGCGUCUCAAAUGGCGAACGAACUUGAAUUUAUGAGAUUUUUUCUUUGUGCCUGUGUUUUGCCCACUUAAAAAAGCCUGUGUUAUGGGUUAGUUUUUUUUGAAAAAAAAGUACCAAUCUAAUCUCUCCUUUCUUCGGUGAAAGUUCGCGCACUGUCAUCCGGUGGACACGCAAUGACCUGAAGACCGUGGACGUGUACUCGUUCGGCUACUACGAGUUCCUGCUGAAGGGUCAUUUGAUGCUCCGCGAAGCCUGGUCUGGUUCCGCGUUGCCCUACACAUGGGGUCAGCUCUUUCAGCAAAGUAUUUAAGGCAAGGCUGACCGAGAAGUAGUACGGUGAAAGCAUCCGCUAGCCCUCUAUCGAUCAAUAAUGAAGUUUAGGGUUUAGGUUAGGGUUUAGGGUUCUCAAAUUACCAAAAAAAAAUCUUCUCGGUUUAGGGUUUAGGGAAUCCCCCGCAGUACUUCUAUCGAUAUUAUAGUAUAGUUCAACAUCUCAUAAGUAGAUAUUGUAGCUCUAAUUCUGGGAAGAAAUCAUGCGCGAGCGCAUCCGCUUUGGCAGUGACAAGGCUGCUCUGCUCGUGAAUGCGCGUGAGACUAUGACUGCGGUAAGCUGUCCGUUUGCGGGUUUGCUAGCCCUCGGGUCGCGAUCCUUUUAAGGCUUGGUACUGCCCAAACACUGCGACUUAGAUUAGUGCUCUGGCUCAGUAAUAUACUUUUUUGUUGAAAAGAUGUAGCGACUUGGUCUUCUUCGGUUCAAAAUCAUUAUUAAGUGGCAUUUUGCCAAAUUGGCACUGUGAUCUUUGGCAAGGGGAAAGUGGUCAAAGAUGCCUAAGACGAACAUGAAUAUAUGCAAGCGUUGUAAGGUCUUCUAAUCCUUCGGUGCCUCCUCUGGAGCAUCUUCUGGAGCAGAAGAUUAUUCGCAUUGGCUUGAGGCAGCAGCGGGCGUCGGAGAAACGUGCCACCGCAUGCUCAAAGCAGGUUGCGCCAACACCGCUAGACUGUCGGCAACCAAGGAGGUCACCAUCGCCAAGCCCAAGCAAACAGGAGCCACCAAACUCGGGAUGAAAAAGAAUUAUGAAUGUCAGGAAUUCUUAUAUAAGUAUGUAAAAAGAGGAGGAGGAUGAUACAGGACUGGGUAGUAGUAGUAAUUGCUCUUCCCGGCGGUUCUCGACAUAUAAAUAAUUUAUUAUAGCACCAAACAAGGUCUUUAUCGGGAUGAUACAGGACUUGGUAAUACUACUUUAGCAGUAACAAGACGUCUUAAUCUACUGUAGAUGUUCCGUCUUAAUCUCCAGAUGUUCUUGUUGUAUUACUCUGGGUUAAAAAUAUGUCUUUCAUUGUUGUAACACAGAGCCUUCUAACAGACUCUGAGGUUCAGGUUGGUAAUACUUACUACUUUAGCAGUAACAAGUUAAUAUGUCUUUCAUGGUUGUAACAGAUAGCCUUGGUUCAGGUUGGUAAUACUACUUUAGCAGUAACAACUAUCAAGGUGUAAGAGUGCCUUCCGGCUACUCCCAGCACACUCGUUGUUCUCUUGAAAAUGAUGUUGUUCCCCCUCUAAUGACUUCCCAGAGACGUGGACGUCAACCCUGAUGAGAAGGUCAACAAGAACUCAACGUCCUGCGCGAACUUUGGUGCACAGAACGCCUACCUACUUGCCGGCUCCUAUUACGAACUGUGGCGCAGCACCGGCAACCCGAAAUGUUAAGAAUUCUACUCUGAUGAAGGAGUUGUGCUUGAUUUUUGACUUCAGUUGUAGUACCUAAUUAGUUUCUACCUAAUUAGCUUCAUAGCAUUCAGUGAAGUAGGAAUAAUUCAAUCAUUAUACGACCCAGGUAGAAGAAGUAACAACGAGUUACUUACAAACGCUCACAAGUGUCUCUAAACAAAGCAACGAUUUGUUCGCGACGUCCUGGAGUACUUACCUGGUGAAGUGUCGGCGCCGCUCCUCCGCUUUGCCUAUUUUGCGCACGCGCCGCCUCAGCUGGAUGCCUUCCUGAAGACAGCGAUUUUGACCCGUGAGGGCCAUCCCCUUCGAGCGCCUGAUGUCGCUUCCUCCUUGGAUACGAUCCAGGUUGGAGGAACACUUCGCGGAGCUAAAAACACGACUUUAUGGACUGAGAAGGACGUUGUUGAUGUGGUGUAGUGGAAGGACGUUGCUGUGGUGUACUAGUGGGCUUUACUUAUAGAGGGUUGUAAUUCGGCCGCAUAUCGAUAGGUCUGCUUUUGCAGGUUUAGGCUAGCGCUCAAGGCCGCUAGAACUUAUAAGUUCGUGCAUAUUUUUUGAGCUUAUGCUCCUUUUCUACGCAUGAGGUAAGGCGUUCCCGGCGAUCUUCAUUAUAAUACCCGAAGAAAUCUUCACAUGUGGCUCAUACUAUUUAUAGAACUAAGUAGUAGGUAUUCGGGAUGACAUUUGGUAUACCAUUCAUAUAGAACUAGUGCGGAGUAUAUUAAGGCUCAGCUUUCAAUGGUCAUUGGGGUUGGUCACUGAGAUCGAAGAGGCGACCCCUUGAGAGAACAGGGGAAAAAGAAGGGAAAGGGGAGAGCUUUGAAGGGGGUCCCUUCCGUUCAGAGUCAGUGAAGGCGCUUUAAGUAUAGUACGAAGUGAGUCGUGUUGUAAGUAGGUCGUAUAAGGGAAACCAGGAGCAAAAGUAAGUAUUCGGGAAUCCUGUUGUAGCACCAUUGAUAUAAGUAUCAUUUAGAACUAGUAGGUAGUCGUAUAGUGCAUAGUAUAGUACUUAGUACAUCGCGCAAAUACUUGGUAAGUCGUGUAAGUAGUAAGUCGCGUUCAUCCAGUCAUCCAUCAUGAACAGCGGUGGACCGCCGCACACGACCCUGCUUCGACCUCACUCCUUGAGUCCAUUGUCGGUCGCACCAGGGACACGGUUUCUCACACUGCCCGCAGGGGGGCGCCUCGAUCGCAAUCCCGGCCCCCAUGCCCGCUCGGUGUUUUUUGGCCGUCUUUUUUUGCGUGGGUCUGACUUUGAUGCUUGGCUUUUGGGUUUUGUCUGCGUUCCCACCAGGUAGUCUAACUUUACUUUCUCGAGGCGAUGAUAUUGAAUUGCGUAGAUCAAUAUCUUUCGACAACCUACCAUGGGGAGCGUAUGCCUAUCCUCUCUCUGAUAACUCUACAGUUUUAGUGCGAUUAUUUGGGAAGUGAUAAUUAUGUUGACUGAGAAGUCGUAGUAUUCAUCUCACGUCAACAUCAUUUAACAUGUCAUAUCAAGACCCUCUUCUAAGAAUGGCUGCUGCUCGUGGUAGUGGCAAAACGAAGGCUGUUUUCGAUCAGAAAAUCACCCAACCAGAGUCGGAUCGCGAAGCGGAGGAAGCACGCAGUUACACUGAUGAUUAAGGCCAAAAAAUGAUACGAAAAAGAUGCGAGGAUGUAAUAUUUCAUCACUCACUUGUGCAAAAAAUGAUGAUGAUAAUAUAGGGCUUAACGUCUUCACUCAUUAAAGUCUUCACGUAUUCCUGGUAAAAAUGAAAUCAUGCAACUGUAAGUAUGUAGAAGAUGCUCAUACAACAUCGUCUAAUGACAGCAAAACCGUCGUCCGCUUUCUCGCUACAAAGUCAAUGGACAGCCAGUGCGGGUUGGCCCUUCCGUUUUCAAGAAGAUGCGUUUUUUAUGGCAACCAAGAGAGCAUCCUCAGCAUUGUCCUUGGCUAUUUUCCAAAGGUCGAGAAAAGACACCAACCAAGGAUACUGCCAGGGAUGCCAGUGCGGUUGUAGCUCUAAGCUUUCGCCCUUCCCGCACCUUCCCAGUCGAGCAGUUGUUUGCUAGUGGCCGCCAUAAGUUCAUGAACGACGCGUAUGUGAAAGCAGCUUCCAACUUCGUCGACAUCGCUGAGGACUGGAAUGCACCCAAGAAGUGGGACUUGAACUACAUUUAUGAUGCGGCACAUUGUUCGAUAAUGCUAAACCUCAUAGGAUAAUGCUAAAAAGCUCAAAAAGAGCAGCAAAAGACAACGACUUCGUAGAAUCAGAACAAUAGCAAAAGACAUCGACUUCGUAGAAUCUUGACCGGCCGUGCCCUUUGUAGCUCAGAGAAAGUAGCAAGUCUGAACAAAGUAGCAAGUUGUCUGAUAACGUAGGAUCCCUCUUCUAAACCAUUACCGAUGAGAAGUACGUUGCUUCGUUGCAGCCAGCUACGACUGGAAACAAGAAGAGGCGCUCGACCAGGGUCACACCCGGCCCGAAACCGUCGACGGCGAAAUUCGCAGUCGCGUAAAGUGGAGGUGAAGACUGAGUAUUUAUAAAAAAAGAAGAUAGAAAGUUUUAAGUAUCGUUGUCAGCACUGAAAAGAAUUCCAAAGCUCGAGUUCGUGAUUGAUAUUAAGGCUUGAAAGUUGGCAUCUCUAUGCGCGUCUCUAUGUCUUCUUCAAGGAGGAAAGCCAUAGAUAUGCGAGCUAGUGACGCCAACUUUCAGCCUCUAAUGAUAUAUGCAAUUGAUAGUUUUGCUUAGUAUUACGGAUGUACGCCUUGUACAGAUCUUUCGGCGUGAGGAUGCAAAGAAUGUACAGAGUGCAUUAUACCAGAUAGUAUCAUUCAUAAUGAAACAGCAUAUUACCAAGGAAUUAUGAUGCCAUAAGAUGAACAUCAAUCACGUAUUAAAGGAUUCAAAAUGCCCAUGAUCGUAAGUCAGCUGCAUUGAAGCAUAAGGGGCCAACACCAUGCAUACUUCCGCCUUAAGGAAAAACACGCACGUAUGAUGUCCUUCCGUGGCAUCCCCGCGGUUCCGUAGCAAAGAAAUACCUCAUGUCGUAAAACAACAGAUUCAUGUCGUAAAACAAGAGAUUUGCAAUUCAUCAAUAGACUGACGUAGUUGAACAUUGUCAUCAUAUGCCCACAAGAUUAGCGUACAAAGUUACCUUCUUACUCCCAAAAUUCGAGUCGUCUUCAUGCAUAUGCACACCUAUUCUGAAAACACCACACAACCGACAAAUUUAUUUACUAUCAUGAUUCCCACCGACAAAUUUAUUUCACAACAAAUCCAAACUACAUUUCGUAACAAGAAUUACAACCUUAUGCAUACAGAUACAACGAGCACACCCCAUAAAAUUCAUCAACAUAUCCGAUAUCCUGAUUACCCUCAUUGAUCAAUUCGAUGUCAUAGCGCCUAUGUUCGAUAUUACUAUUUGCACAGUUCUUACAAAACUCUUCGACCUACAAACUAGAUCUUCUAUCGCGCAUUCUGCUUGACGAAACAUCAAUCACACUUAGUAUUAUUUCAAUUGCCGAUUACAUCUUGAUCAUUAAUUCAUUCGCAAUAUUCCAAAUUUCUUGAACUAAAAUCUGACGACUAAUUAAGCAGCAAUGACAACAUCCAUACACGCACUACCCAUCUAGUAGAACAACCAUUUGUACAACUACAUCGAUCCACAUCAAAAUGUAAGCGUACCCGUACUACCCCCAACCUUUCCAAGAAACGCAACAACAGGUACGUGCUGCUGCUAGCAUUUUAGUUGCAUAAAGCCCGCAUAAAACCCUCCAAUUGUGUGCAAGCCAGCCCUUUUCUCCUCGGUCUGGAAAGGAACAUAAUAGUCACAAAAGUUGAACAACAUCAUGAUCACAACUAAUUACACUCGUAAUACCAUGUUUCGAUAAAUCCGUUAAGAAGGUCUAUCUUUAUUCUUGACAGUGUUCAGAACGUCCCGCUGGCUGCACUUGAGACGAGUAGAGGAGAGUGAGUGAGUGUCUUAUUGCUGUGAAACUGAAAGUCUCUUUUCUUUUCUUACAGGUGAUCGCUGCCGAGUAGCUCUGUACU